UCCCCACCCUCCGUCAUUACGCGCUGACCGGUCAGCCCUCCUCCUCCUCCUCCCCCUCUUUUCUCCGGCUUUCUCCGGGCUUCAUGUCAUACCACGGCCAAUUCCUCAAAUUCCUGCCCUCCUCUCCGCUUCAAACAAACUGCUGCCGGGAAGCAGACGAGGCAGCAGAAAACUGAAGAAAAAAACAACAACAACAACAACAACAGACCGAAUAAAACACCAAAGCUGACCGAUUUACUCUUGAUUCAAAGCGUAAUAAUCCCACCUGGCCGUCACUCUUCCCACCAGCAUAAUGACAUAUAUUAGACUUCCACAACCAGACCAUCAUCACACCCGGGGAUCGCCACGCUCCUUGCAGCCUCUCCCGUUGUCUCCCAUCAUCUCCCCCAGCUCUAACCCCUCCCCCCCCGCCCCCCCGCUCCCCGCCCCGGCUGCUGUGUGGCCCCCUGUCCGUGGUGCCACCACGUCUGCAGAGUGGGUGCCGGCUCCCUCCCCCAGGGGUGGGAGCGAGGAGCUGGGGGACGCGCUCGACAAACCCCUGGAGAACGAUGCGGAGGGCGUGUGGAGCCCCGACAUCGAGCAGAGCUUCCAGGAGGCCCUGGCCAUCUACCCCCCCUGUGGCCGCAGGAAGAUCAUCCUCUCUGACGAGGGCAAGAUGUACGGACGAAAUGAGUUGAUCGCGCGGUACAUCAAACUCCGCACGGGGAAGACACGGACCAGAAAGCAGGUUUCGAGUCACAUCCAGGUUUUGGCCCGGCGGAAGGCCAGAGAGAUCCAGGUGAAGCUGAAGGUACGCUACGACCAGGUCGCCAAAGACAAGGCCCUGCAGAGCAUGGCCACCAUGUCCUCGGCCCAGAUCAUCUCGCCCACGGCUUUCCAGAACAAGAUGGCCCUGCAGGGCCUGUCGAGGCCGGCUUAUCCCGCUGCGGGGGGGUUUUGGCACGGGGCCCUUCCAGGACAGCCGGGGGGCCACGAAGACAUUAAGCCCUUCUCCCAGCAGAGUUACGCCAUGCAAGCGUCCGGCCCGACCCCAAUAACAGGUUAUGAGAGCACAGCAGGGCUGUCAAUGUCCCCUGGUGCCCCCCCCUGGCUGGGCAGAAGUAUUGCCGGCUCCAAGCUGCGAAUGCUGGAGUUCUCGGCCUUCCUGGAGCAGCCGCAGGACCUGGAGAAUUUCAACAAGCACCUGUUUGUGCACAUUGGCCAGUCCAACCCGAGCUACAGCGAUGCCUAUCUGGAGUCUGUGGACAUCCGGCAGAUCUACGACAAGUUCCCCGAGAAGAAAGGAGGCCUGAAGGACCUGUUCGACAAAGGGCCACACAACGCGUUUUUUCUCGUCAAGUUCUGGGCGGACCUCAGUAUCAACCUGCAGGAUGACAGCAGCUUCUUCUACGGGGUUUCCAGUCAGUAUGAGAGCUCUGAGAACAUGAUCAUCACCUCAUCCACCAAAGUCUGCUCUUUCGGCAAGCAAGUGGUGGAGAAAGUGGAGACGGAGUAUGCGCACUUUGAGAACGGACGCUACGUGUUUCGGAUCCAUCGCUCCCCUUUGUGUGAAUACAUGAUCAACUUUAUCCACAAGCUUAAACACCUGCCGGAGAAGUACAUGAUGAACAGCGUACUGGAGAACUUCACUAUCCUACAGGUGGUGACCAACAGGGACACACUGGAAACCCUCCUGUGCAUAGCCUACGUCUUUGAGGUGUCCACCAGUGAGCACGGCGCCCAGCAUCACAUCUACAGGCUCGUCAAAGACUGAGCCGGGCCUCACAGCUGGGACUUGACCUGCUCCAGACCACUCGUAGCACCUCAGUGAGCAGCAACACUAAACAAUGGACUACUCCCCUCCGUAAGCCUAUGAGCUGAGAGCCUGCAACUCCAUCAGAAGCCCAGAGAAACACGGGCUCUGUCGGCAGGAGCGCGAGGACCGCCGGGGGGGGGGGGGGUAGAACAGGUGGAUUUGGGAUCGUGGAAGCUGAGAAAAGGCAUUUGUGUGGAAAAGUGGCAGGUGAAAAAAAAUAAAAAUAAAGAGAGAGAGAAGAGGACCACGAUGCGCCGUGUUCUCUAAACCAAAGGAGCCCCGAACAAGACCUGGAUGAGAAAGUUGUCAUUGUUGGUGUUUUUCAUCUCGUUUUACUAGUGCUUGUUUUUUGGGAUUUAAAUUAUUUUAAAGACGUGCAUGUGCAGGGGGGGACGUCUGCCGCGGAUGAGUUUGGCUGCCUCAGGGUGCCACCUAGUGACUUAAAUAUAAAUAACAAUGGGGCGAAAUAGUAGGAGUACACUGAAAAUCCCUCCUUUGCACAUCCAUGAAAUAUCACUGUUUUUGUGCCAAUAGUUUGUGUUAUUUUAGAAGAGGCGUACAGUGCCACAUCCAUCUCCUCUCACCACAGUUCUGAAGAUAAGAGGCUAAAAUGAUUUAAAAGUGCUACUGCGUUUACUUUGUUUGACGUUUAAUGUUAAAUGUGUCUUGUAUUGUCUUACUGUUUUUGAUUAAAAUGAUCUGACUACCACAAAAGGCACAUAGUAACACUGCUAACUUGAAGCAGACUGAGGUCUGUGAGCUGAUUACAGAGGUUUACUGUAACUGCACGUUGCCCUGAAGUGACGGAUGAAAAUACAGGUGUUUCUUACAUACGUAACCCAUCUGUUGCCGUAUUUCUUUCUGCAUUCAAUAUUCUGCAAUAUGUGACAUACUCAUAACAACCCAUAAUGUGUUUUUUUUAUUUUUACGUCUGCCCUGUUUCUAUAGUGAAGUAUACUAUAGUUGGGCUGCAGGGAUCAUGAAUGUAACUUUAUGCAGAGAUUUCUCGCCACACAUGCAAUCCACUUCAUUUUCGAAUGUUCUGUUAAUCCCACCUAAAGUCCCACAAUGCAACGCACAAAUGUAAUGGAGGCGCUGCUUGCAGCUGAAAAACAUUAAUAACAGAUGUUGGGGAGACAAGUUAUAGAAGACAUCAGAAUUCAAAAGGCUAAAUAGCUUCAACAAUCAUUUCCAGUACUAAUUCAUCCGUUGAGUAUUUAAAUUGGCAGUUGUUCCAAAGUCACCCUAUUAUUAUUUUUUAAUGUAGGUACACUAUCUAAUUUGUAUAGUAAAUGAAAACAUAUUAUAUAGGGC